AUGACUGAUGCUGUUUCAACGUGCAAAUCAGAAGCUGAAUGUGAGAGAGCCAUCAAGGAGUUUACAGAAUUGACUCAAACAGACGAAGCUUUUGCACAUUUUGUUCUGCAAGAUGUUAACUUUGAUCUUGAGGUAGGUUUCGUGUUCGAUAUCGUUUGUAAUUGAAUACUUGUGGAUUACAACUUAACUAUGCUGUUUUAAAUUCCAUUUUUUCAUCAUGCACGAUUUUUUUCAGGCGGGAGUCUUCAAGUACUUCACAGAAAUCAACCCCGAUGCCCCACUUCCAGAACAGAUCAUAAAGGAGGUCUUGGAUCAUCCCCCACAAUCUUCCGGAUCUAAUGGUAUUCCUCCAGAAUUGACGGCAGUUUCUUGGAAUAUCGACGGACUGAACAAGAGUGGCUUGUCACAACGAUUCUUGGCUAUUAUCACUGUUUUGGCGAGGUAAGUCCUUAAAACUUUAAUAAUGUAUAUAAGUAAUAUUGCUAUCCCCUUAUGUCCUGUUGUUCGUGCUUAUAUAACCCUUUCUUGUUUUAGACACAACCCAGAAGUCAUUUUUUUCCAAGAGUUUGUCCCUCAAUUGGAAGACAAGUUGUACGAGGUUCUCGGCAAGAUGUACAAUAUUUGUCAACGCAACCUGGGCCGCCCUUAUUACAAUGUUACGUUAGUCAGUAAGAACAUCCGCAUCAAUUAUGAGACUAUCCAAAACUUCAGCAACUCUGGAAUGGGCCGUCACAUGGUUAUUGUCAGAGUAAGGCUUUUACCAUGGUAGAUAAGUUUGUUAAGUAAGACGAAUUUUGACUAAGCAUGUAUGUCACUUGCGUACUUUUAAUUAAAUUGUUCAGGCCAAAUGGCGGAACUUGAAGCUGUGCCUUAUCAACACUCAUCUGGAGAGCGAGAAGUCCCACACCGAUGCCAGGCAGACUCAGUUCAAAGAGUGCAUGGAGACAGUCAAGGAGUCUUUGGACGAUGAAGCCAUGGUUCUGUUCGGCGGAGAUCUGAAUCUGAGAGAUGCUGAGGUAUCGUUUCUCUGAAGAUCUUAUCAACUUUGCAGGUUUCCAAUGUUCCUGAUGGCGUUAGAGACUGCUGGGAGUUCGCGGGACGUCCAGAAAACUGCCGCUACACGUGGGACAUGUCCAAGAACGACAACCUCGAGUUCCCCAAUAACAUCAGGUACAAGCUCAAGUGCAGAUUCGACCGGUUCUACGUCUCCGGACCUUACAGAAGAGUCGACUUCGCCAUCGACGGUCAGGAGAGAAUCAAGAACCUGAGAAUGUUCCCGAGUGACCACUUUGCCAUCAUUGCCAGAUUCACCCGCCCUAACUGA